AUGUAAGUAUCUAAUAUCAAUGAUUUAUCUGACAUCAUUAAGGAGGCAGAGAAAGUUUACACAUUUAGGAAACUAGAGAAGUAAGAUGCUGCACCUCUAAUGGUAUUAAUGACUGAUGCAUUUGUACAUCAUAACGAUGCAUUUUUGAUUGUCGAAUCAAUAGACUCAGAUAUGAGCAGCGAAGAUAUUCUUUAAGAAUAUGUGUUGAUGAUUUAGGAGGGCCUCUCUUUUGGAGCAUUUCAUGGAGAUAAGCUAGUCUCAGCAUGCUUAAGUUUCGAUUUACAACGCAAGUCAGAUAUGCAUGUAGAUUCAGGGAUAGAACCCACCUAAGCAAUGAAAGACAUUGGAAAAAUGAUCAAAACUUUGCUUGAUAAAUAUGCUGAUACAAAAAGUCUUCCCAAAAAUGAAAUAUCUUAUCUGAGUCAUUUGGCAACAUUUUCAGAUUACUGUAAACAAAAUCUGGCCUUAAUAUGUUCCUAUUUAUCAGUCCUCGAGAGCAGAAAAUAAGGAUUUUAGAAAAUGCUUACAGGAGCUGGACAUGUGGCUACUUUUAAGGUGUUCACAAAAAUAUUCAAGGAGUAUGAAUUAGUCAAAGACAUUGAAGAACUUCGAGAAAAACCUAUAUUUAUGAAAUCCCUGAUAGCAACAAUAACCCCUUAAUGAAUAUCAUACAUUAUAAUCAUACAUGAUAAAA